UCCUUACUCAUCAGGAAGUUAAGAAAUCAGGACUGUAUUUCCAUUUUCCCCUAUCCUGCAACUUCUCCAAAUCCCAGAGUGCAUAGCCUCAUCUCUGGCCAAAACCUCCUCUACUCCUGUCCCAUCCAGGGGUUCUUUUUGUACAAACCUCAUUCUGGACAACGCAUUCAAAGAGGCACACUUGCUGGAGGAGGUCCAGGAACAAUGACCCUUCAAUGCCUCCCCCCUGGGAGGACAGAAUCAAUUCACCAGGAAUGAGUCCAAGUAUGGAAGUGACCUGACCUGCCUGGGCAUCACUCACGAAAAGAGGGCAAGGGAUGAACUCAGUAAGUACACCAAAUGUGGAGCAAAGACACAGUGAGUGUCUGGGACUAAGUUUUGAGUUGAGGCUGGGCAGCCCAGGACAGAGCUGAAGACCCACCAUGGGCCCCACAGUCACUUUCCUGAUCUCCAUUGGGCUGUGUCUGGACUGGGCAGUGAGGGCACAGAUGGACACCCUUCCACGGCCCACCCUCUGGGCCAUCCCAAGUCCUGUGGUCCCCAGGGGAGCAAAUGUGACCCUCAGGUGCCAGGGUCACCUGGGGAGUGACAGAUUCCAGCUCUGGAAGGAUGGAGAGCUCAGAGAUGAGAGAAAUGCAUCCUGGCAGCAGGCAGAGUUCGUGCUCAAGAAUGUGGAUGACUGGAGAGAUGCGAGAAGCUACAGCUGCCGCUCUGGGCAGGGGCCCUGGUGGUCAGAGCUCAGUGAAGCCCUGGCCCUGGUGGUGACAGGAGCCUUCCCCAAACCCGACAUUUCAGCCUCACCCGGAUCCAUGAUAUCCCGAGGGACAACAGUGACCAUCUCGUGCAAAUUUUCAUCCCAGGAUUACCUUCAGGGCUACAGUUUUGCCCUGCUGGAAGCAAAGAGCUUGGAGCCCUUGCAGCGACAGAGCCCUUCAGGGAUCUGGGGUGAAUUCCCAUUUCCGUCUGUGAGGGCUGAGGACAUUGGGAGCUACAGCUGUAUUUACUACAAGAAGGCAGCCCCAUACAAGGGAUCCUAUCCCAGCAAGACCCUGGAGCUGACUGUGCUAGGACAACUCCCCAGGCCCACUCUGUGGGCCCAACCUGGCCUCAUGGUGGCCCCUGGGGCCAACUUCACUCUCUGGUGCUCAAGGCCCAAGCUGUCUUCCCUUGGAGAGGUGACUUUCACUCUGUUGAAGGCUGGGACCCAGGGGCCCUUACAGCAGCAGACCUCAGCAGAUCUCUGGACUAGCUUCCUGCUCCCAUAUGUGAGACCUGAAGACACUGGGAGCUACAGCUGUUCUUACAGGGAAAUGAGAGCAUCUGCUAGAGGAUCAGAGCCCAGUGAGGCCCUGGAGCUGGUGGUACCAGGCUCUCUGCCCAAGCCUUCCCUCUCAGCCAUCCCAGGCCUUGUGGUGGAGCCCGGGACGCAUGUCACUCUCCAGUGCCGGCAGCCCCAUCAGUCAUCCCUCUGGAGGGCGACAUUCACUCUGCUGAAGUUGGGGACCCCCCAGCCCCUGCAGAGCCAGAGCCCAGCUGGGACCUCGGCUGACUUUCCCCUCCUCUCUGUGAGGGCCCAGGAUGCUGGCGACUACAGCUGUGUCUACCACAGGAGGAUGGCUCCACACCAGGUGUCUGAGCCCAGUGAGGUCCUAGUGAUCUGGGUGACAGAUGCACUCCCCAAGCCUUCCCUGUCAUCCUGGCCUGGCCCGGAGGUGGUCUCAGGGGCCAACGUGACCCUGCUGUGCCGGGGGCCUUCGUGGAGGACUAGAUUUAUUCUUCACAAGGAGGGGAGCCCGGAUACCACUCAAGAUGAGGCCCAGUUCUUUCUGACCCAUGUCACUUCCAAGCACUCUGGCAGUUACAGCUGUGGAUACCAACCCGGUGCCAACGGCAGUCUCUGGACACAACCCAGUGACCCUCUGGAGAUUGUAGUGAGAGAGCCCAGUAACACCCUCGUCAUCACCCUCAGCUGUCUUGUCUCCCUCCUUCUCUGCCUUCUCCUGCUGGUCUUCUUCUGCCAUCGAUCCAUCCCUCUAACAGGGGCCUUGCAUGGAGACAGCCUUAGGAGGUCUUUCUGCUGCUCUUGUCGUCCUCGGAGUGUCUGCCUUCCCCCUCACCCUGAAGCCCCCAGAGAUGAGACACUGUAUACGGAAGUGGCGAAGGAGACGCCAAUGGAACCAUCGGUCCCUACGGCUGAAGAUCCCGAGGGAGUGACCUAUGCACAUCUGAACAUAAGAACCUUGAAUAAGAGGCAAGCAGACCCCAAGGAGACACCCACAGAGUCCACAGUCUAUGCCAGUGUCUCCUUAGACUGAGACUUUGGCUACUUUUCAAAAGGAAAGUCUCUCCCUUCCUCUUUUCUCCCGCCCAUAUCUCAUCUGUCCACUAGUAUAUCUUCUUCAAAUCCCCACCACUGAAGCAGCAUGAUGCCUAUUGGGGAUAUCCAUUUUGGCCUACAGUUGUACAGACCAAGGGUAUCUGUCUAUGAUGAUGAGAAACAUACAAGAUAUAUACAGAGUAGAUGGGGGGGUGGGUUAUAAUCUCAGAGAGGAAGUCACUAGCAGUUAUGGGGACCAGGAAAAGGUUUCUGCACUAGGUGGGACUAGAGCUGAGUUUUAAAGGAAACUAGGCAAACUAAGAGGCAGAUUGGAGGGAGGAUCACAGUCCAGGAAUGGGGGACAGCCACUACAAAAGUCUGGAGCUAGGAAACUAUUUUGUGUAAAGACAAAAAAAAAAUCAAUCACCCAAUGUGGCUGGCUCAUGGAGUGAGAGAAAGGAAAUGAAGUGUAAGAAGAUUGGAAAAGUAGGAAGCCACUCAAGUUUAAACCCUCAAAUUAAGAGAGAGAGACAGAGAGACAGAGAGACAGAGAGAGACAGAGAGACAGAGAGAGACAGAGAGAGGAGGGGGGUGGAGAGAGAGAGAGAACGGAGGUUAAGUAAAAUGCAACCAGAUGGCAGUCAUGUCCAAAAAUAAAUGUUUUUGUUCUUUCUGUCCAUUA